CUGUCCUGCAGUCAGACGGACAUCAGGUUAUUCUGGAAGAGAUACCAGACUGGAACGCUGUAGAGCUGGUGGUCAACGGGGAGACUGUAUUUCGGUGCAACAUCAAUGACCUGGAUUUUGGAGGUGAUGGGAAACUGGAUCCACUUUGUGAAGAAGCCAGAAAAGCAGUGUUAAAUGCUUACUGA